AUGCGAAAGUUGGAAUGGGACGACAUGGGAGUGAAGAUUGAUGCCAAGCGGAACGAAUUGCUGACCGAAUUCGAUGAGACAUGUGAAUGCAUCGGUCUUCAGCUGAAUCUCCAAAAGACGAUGUUCAUCCGCAAUGGAUGGGUCUCGGAUGCCCCAUUCACGCUCAACGGAACGAACAUAUCCGAAUGCACCAGCUACGUUUGUCUGGGUCGGGAAAUAAACAUUAAGAACGACCUGACUCCCGAGCUGGGCAGGAGGAGACGAGAGGCUUGGGGAGCGUAUAAGAGCAUCGACGAUGUAGUGAAGAAGGUCAGGAACACUCGGCUCCGUGCUCACCUCUUCAACACCACCGUACUUCCUGCUUUGACCUGCGCUUCAGAAACGUGGGGGUUUCACAAGCAGAAAGAAGUGCGCAUCGGCGAGGAAUACGACCGACUCGUUGAACACCUUCAUGACUGCACGAAGAAGACUGAAAGUUUUAAAGCCACCAAGAGACGCCUGUCUCUUGAAACUCUUGAGCUGAUACGCCAGCGUGGAGCAGCACGAGCUGCAUGGAACUAG